CCUCUCACACCACCCAUAUCUAUUACUAGCCCUCUACCCAGGCCUGUCCCAGGCCCAUCAUGCCUCCCCUCCCUGACAGUCAUUCCCUGACGGUAGAGGAAGCAAGUGUCCUAAAGUGAGUGGCUAUUGAGUACCUUCCAGGCCGGAAAGGGGGUGAUUAUAAGAAAAAGAGCUGCGAAUUCUCUCUCUUCUCCCUCUUCCCACACCCCACACUCAGCACUUGAAUAACAGAAGCCGGGCUCCACGCCUGAGGGGUGCAAACUCAGGUCCAGGUCCAGAGAAACGUGAAGAAAGACCCAACUUGAAUAGUGCUAAUCCCAUUGGGGAGGAGGGGGUGGUUGCUGAGCAAAGCCGAGAGAAAUGUGGAACUUAAACCGCCAGACCUCUCAAUCCUUCGGCUUCCUGCACAGUGAAGUGCGGGUGUGGAAGCUUCUCCCUCUUUCUGGCUGUAAGAGUGCGUGUCAAGUUGUGAGGCUCUCUGCACGGUGCCUGAAGUCGCGCUUCCUGGUCCCUUACGGGAAGACCGAUGUCCCCCUGGGAAAGGCCAAUGUGCAAACUACAGCCAGACAGCUGGGCCCCUCUAACAGCAGCUCUCAGACUUGGCCUGGGUAGAGGGGCCCACCACUACCAGUCCCGGGGUCUUAAAAGACUGCAAAGCCUCCAGCGCCAGGCAGCCGCGCGGGGAGAAGCCUCUGUCCCCACCCCCGGUGCCGCGCCCAUUGGCUGGGCUCUUGUCGGCCCCGCCCACCGAUCGGUCCGCCUGGCGCUGACGCAUGCGCGGGAGCCCGCCACCGCCGCCGCUUCAGCACCAGCUCCCGGACAGCGGCGCCGCCCACGGGCAUGGACGCUGACAGCGGCAGCAGCAGCAGCGGUCCGGCUCCCGGCCCGGGUCCGGAAGAGGAGCAGCAGCCCAAGGAGGAACCCUUGGCCCCAGACGGCAGCUCCCCGGACAGGUCCCAGAGCAAGGCUGUGGCCCCUGAGGCAAGCCCAGAAAAGAGCUGCUCUCUCCAGAGCUGCCCCCUUGAGGAACCUUCCAGUUCUUCAGGACCCCCACCAGCGACUUCCACCCUCCAGCCUGGGGGCCCGUCCAGCCCCUUGGCCCCUGCACACUUCACCUAUCCCAAGGCACCACAGGAAUACCGGGGGGACAGUUCCCUGCCAGGGCUUGGGGACCGGGCAGCUCUAUGCUCCCAUGGCUCUAGCCUCAGCCCUUCUCCAGCCCCCUCACAGCGAGAUGGGGCCUGGAAGCCACCAUCCGUGCAGCACCAUGUGGUCAGCGUCAGGCAGGAACGGGCCUUCCAGAUGCCAAAGAGCUAUUCCCAGCUGAUUGCCGAGUGGCCGGUGGCCAUGCUGCUGCUGUGUCUGGCUGUCAUCCUCCUCUGCACCCUGGCUGGACUGUUGGGGGACCGACUGCCCGACUUCUCCAAGCCCUUGCUGGGUUUUGAGCCUCGAGACACAGACAUUGGGCGCAAGCUAGUGGUCUGGAGAGCACUGCAAGCCCUCACAGGCCCCAGGAAGCUGCUUUCUCUUUCCCCAGACUUUGAGCUGAACAGCUCAAACCCCCACACCACUCUGAGCCCCACACCCUGGAGCAGUGCCCAGGAGGGCUUGGUCCGGCCUCGAAGGAUGGUGGAACCCCUGGAAGACAGAGGGCAGGAGGACUUCUUUUGUGGUCCCCCUGAGAAGAGCUAUGCACAGCUGGUGUUCAUGUCGACCUCAGCGGGCAGCCUGUGGAACCUGCACGCCAUCCAUUCCAUGUGUCGCAUGGAACGGGACCAGAUCCGCUCCCAUACCCGCUUUGGGGCUCUGUGCCAGCGGACGGAAGCCAACAAGUGCUGUCCCAGCUGGUCCCUGGGCAACUAUGUGGCCGUGCUCUCCAACCGCUCCUCCUGCCUGGACACGACCCAAGCGGAUGCAGCCCGAACACUGGCCCUUCUGCGGGCCUGUGCCAUCUACUACCACCGCGGUGCCCUGGUGCCCUCUUGUCUGGGCCCCGGGCAGGACAAGCCCCCGCACUGCGCCCAGGUUCCCACCAAGUGCUCCCGGAGCAGUGCCGUCUACCAACUCCUCCACUUUCUGCUGGACAGGGACUUCCUGAGCCCCCAGACUGCUGACUACCAGGUGCCCUCCCUCAAGUACAGCCUGCUCUUCCUGCCCACUCCAAAGGGUGCCUCUAUGAUGGGCAUCUACCUGGACCGCCUAGCCACCCCCUGGGGGCUCUCUGACAACUACACAUCCAUCACUGGCAUGGACCUGGGCCUCAAGCAGGAGUUGCUGAGGCACUACCUGGUCCAGGACACGGUGUACCCCUUGCUGGCCCUGGCUGCCAUCUUCCUCAGCAUCGCCCUCUACUUGCGCUCCCUCUUCCUCACACUCAUGGUGCUGCUGGGGGUGCUGGGCUCCCUCCUGGUUGCCUUCUUUCUUUACCGUGUGGCCUUCCGCAUGGCCUACUUUCCCUUCGUCAAUCUGGCAGCCUUCGUCCUGCUCAGCAGCGUCUGCGCCAACCACACCCUCAUCUUCUUCGACCUGUGGCGCCUCAGCAAGAGCCAGCUGCCCUCCGGGGGGCUGGCACAGCGCGUGGGCCGCACCAUGCACCAUUUCGGCUACCUGCUGCUGGUCUCGGGCCUCACCACGGCCGCGGCCUUUUAUGCCAGCUACCUGAGCCGUCUGCCGGCCGUACGCUGCUUCGCCCUCUACAUGGGCACGUCCGUGCUGGCGCACCUGGCGCUCACGCUGGCCUGGCUGCCCUCCGCCGCCGUGCUCCACGAGCGCUACCUGGCCCGCGGCUGUGCGUCCCGGGCGCAGGGCCCGUGGGGCGGCAGUGCGCCCCGGCGGCUGGCGCUGGCGCUGCACCGGCGGCUCCGCGGCCUUCGGAGGGCGGCGGCCAGCACCUCGCGCCUGCUCUUCCAGCGCCUGCUGCCCUGUGGGGUCAUCAAGUUCCGCUACAUCUGGAUCUGCUGGUUCGCCGCGCUGGCGGCAGGGGGCGCCUACAUCGCCGGCGUUAGCCCCCGUCUGCGGCUGCCCACUCUGCCGCCGCCCCGCGGCCAGGUCUUCCGGCCUAGCCACCCCUUCGAGCGCUUCGACGCGGAGUACCGCCAGCAGUUCCUGUUUGAGCGGCUGCCUCAGGGCGAGGGCGGCCACAUGCCUGUGGUUUUGGUGUGGGGCAUCCUGCCCGUGGACACUGGCGACCCGCUGGACCCUCGCAGCAACAGCUCACUGGUGAGUGACCCUGCCUUCUCUGCCAGCGGUCCCGAGGCCCAGCGCUGGCUGCUGGCACUCUGCCACGAAGCUCGGAAUCAGAGCUUCUUUGGUGUCCAGCCCGAGGGCUGGCCCACGCUGUGCUUCAUGGAGGCCCUCCAGCGCUGGGUGGAGAGUCCUGCUUGUGCCCGCCUGGGGCCUGGCCUCUGCUGUGGCCACUCAGGCUUCCCUUGGGCACCCCAGCUUUUCCUGCACUGCCUCAAGAUGAUGGCUCUGGAGCAAGGCCCCAACAGCACCCGUGACCUAGGACCCCGCUUCAAUAGCCAGGGCGGCUUGGCUGCCCUGGUUCUGCAGUUCCAGACUAACUUCCAGUACAGUACAGAUUACAGCCAAGCACACCACUUCUAUGCUGAAGUCAGCCACUGGCUGGCAGGGGAGCUGGGCAGAGCACCUCCUGGCCUCCACCGGGGUUGGUUUACCAGCCAUCUGGAGCUGUACAGCCUGCAACACAGCCUGAGCACAGAACCUGCUGUGGUGCUGGGCCUGGCUCUGGCGCUGGCGUUUGCCACACUGCUGCUGGGCACCUGGAACGUUCCGCUUAGCCUGUUCUCCGUGGCAGCGGUGGCAGGCACCGUACUGCUCACCGUGGGGCUCCUGGUUCUACUCGAAUGGCAGCUCAACACUGCCGAAGCCCUCUUUCUCUCUGCUUCCGUGGGCCUCUCAGUAGACUUCACUGUCAACUACUGCAUCUCCUAUCACCUGUGCCCACACCCCGACCGCCUGAGCCGCGUGGCCUUCUCGCUGCGCCAGACCAGCUGUGCCACGGCUGUGGGGGCUGCGGCCCUGUUUGCGGCCGGUGUGCUCAUGCUGCCUGCCACGGUGCUGCUCUAUCGCAAGCUGGGCAUUGUCCUCAUGAUGGUCAAGUGCGUCAGCUGUGGCUUUGCCAGCUUCUUCUUCCAAUCUCUGUGCUGUUUCUUUGGACCAGAGAAGAACUGUGGGCAGAUCCUCUGGCCUUGUGCCCACCUGCCAUGGGAUGCUGGGAAUGGGGAGCCUAGUGGGGAAAAGGCAGGCCGCCCAAGAUCAGGGCCAGUGGGAAAGGCACCCGGAUCCUGCUCGGAACAAUACGAGCUACAGCCCCUGGCACGGCGCCGGAGUCCCAGCUUUGACACCAGCACAGCCACUAGCAAACUGUCCCACCGGCCCUCGGUGCUCUCUGAGGAUCUACAGCUGCAUGAUGGCCCCUGCUGCCCCCGGCCCCCACCGGCCCCUGCCUCCCCAAGGGAGCUGUUCCUGGACCACCAGGCAGUCUUCAGCCAGUGCCCGGCCCUGCAGACCUCCUCCCCCUAUAAGCAGGCUGGCCCCAGCCCCAAAACCCAAGCCAGGCAGGACUCCCAAGGGCAGAAGGCUGAGCCCGUGCAGGCCUCACCAGAAGCCUCGGCCCACCCUCCCAAGCCCAAGGCCGUGGAGCCUCCUGAUUGCCUCUGCUCCUCAGCUAGCACCCUGGAGGGGCUCAGCGUCUCUGACGAGACCUGCCUAAGCACCUCUGAGCCCAGUGCCCGAGUGCCAGAUUCUGUGGGUGCCUCCCCAGAGGACCUGGACGAGACAGAGCAAACGGUACCUGAGCGGGGCCAGCUGAAUGAGAAGCGAGACACCCUGUGGCUGGCACUGAGGGAGACCGUGUAUGAUCCAUCGCUGCCUGCCUCCCACCAGAGCAGCUCCUCCUGGAAGGGCCGUGGGGCACCAGGGGAUGGCAGCCCUGUGGUGCUGCCCAACAGCCAGCCAGAUCUGCCAGAUGUUUGGCUACGCAGGCCCAGCACCCACACUUCAGGCUACAGUAGCUGAGGGAGGCCCAGGAAGGCAGGGCUGGGGCACAGAGCCUGUCAGAGGUGACAGGAGGGGGGCAGCCCCAGACUGGAGCCUGAUAGUGUCUGCCCGCAUCAGCAUGGAGAGGUCUCACCCUCCAGAUGUGGAUUUUAAACCCUGCCAGAUGUUUCAGCCUUGGUCCAGACUGCUACUUACUCCCCACAUCUGGAGGAUUCAGUGGAGAGGGUCUUUGGAGAGAAAUGUCAAGCUCUCCUUGUAACUUGCUGAGGUCUCAUUUGUCCCCAUAUGCCAACCAGGACCUCUGGAAGGGGGAGGGCCAGAUGUGUAGCUCCAGGUAUCAGGGCGAGGCUGACCCAGCCCCCAAGCCUAGUGGGACGAAGGGACUCAGUCCGUGGAAUCCUGCCAGGGCACCUCACCAACCAGAAGAGCCCUAGGGAGCCUCAGCAGCCUCCAGGGCCUCACAUCUUUCAGGGGCUCUUCGGCAGGACACUUCCUUCUCUUUGGAGAGCUUCUCUGGGCCGGAAUUAAGUGACUCUUUCCUGAACAGCCCUACCCCCUCACACUCCCCGGGCUGACCAGAUAUUUGCCAGGGCCUGGCAGAGACGGCUGCUGGGAACGAAGCAGGAGGAGGAGGGCUGGUCAGCUUCAGAGUGUCUCUCAGUUACAGGACGGUCCCUCAUGGGGAGCUGCUCUGGUACACGAAGCGUGCUCUCCCCUGUGAACAAACAAUAAGAAUCCUUUACAUCCUGCAUCUCUUAGUUUACGGAACACUUGCACACCCACUUUCUCCUUAGUUUCACCAUGUCACUAUGGGGAAGCCUGCAGUUAGCCAGGUCCUUCUGCCCCCGAUUUAUAGGUAAAGUCAUUGAGAGUAAGUAAGCUUAAGCGAUUGACCCACAGUCACAGAACCAGUACAGGGGGAAGCAACUUCCCUGGCUCACUCCCCCCUGAAACUUCCACUCUCCUGGCUCCCUGCCCCAGGGACAUUGGCUUGUGGCUAACUUGACCCUUCACCUCUGGCACCCUCUGAUGACCUGCCUUCACAGGUGUCUCUGAGUGCAACACUCCCUUCCUUCCUCUCUUUAGACCUCCGUCUCGAGAGAGAGCUAUCCUCUGAGCUAGCUGCAAGUUGCUCCACAUCUGCCCAGUGCUUCCCUUCAGAUCCACUGAGAACCUAUCAGCUAUGGGGCAUCCUGGCUGAUCUGCUUUCCAGGUUCAGGGGCAUGCUUCUUCCACGGCCACAGUGUAUGGAGAGCCCCUGUCAGGAGAGGCACUGAGGGUAGUAGGGGUUGAAUGGAAUUCAGUUAAGGCAGGACCCCAGGCCUGCCCCUUUUGGGAGUGCGUGAGUCUAAAGCUAUUCCCCGCGUCAGGGUCCCCCGCUUCCUAAGGACAUGACGUUCUGGGGGUUCUCAGCAGACCAAAAGGUGACUCCUCCUCCCCAAAGCAGAGUCUCUCCGCAAGGUUUUUGAGCCCACGUGAGAGCGAUGACACUUGGAGCACAUUUACUUGAACACCUACUCUCCUACGGUACUUCAGGGAGACGGAGGCAUGGAAGGAAAAUCGAACAUCUGCCCUCAAGGAGCCCUCCCUCUAGCUGGGGAAACAGCUCACAUAGACACACAGGAGCGAUGGGUCACUGACAGCACCACGCAGGGCAUGCUGAGGGCCAAAUGCCUGUCACCAUUAGUAUCGCUGGAGGUCAAGUACCCAGGACUGGGUAACCAGGAAGGCUUCCAGGAGGGAAACAACUCAAGCUGGGCUUCAGAAGUGCAAGUAUCUCAGACUGGAAGGGACCUUAAUGAUCAUUUAUUCCAGCAGUUUUCUUUUCUUUUCUUUUGUUUUUUUUUUUUUAAGUUUAUUUAUUUUUGAAAGA